AACAUGGACAACGCCAGCAGCGUGAAGGAAUUCAUCCUCCUGGGCCUCUCGGAGAACCAGGGGCUGCAGAAAAUAUAUUCAGUGCUCUUUCUGGCUUUCUAUCUGAUCACUGUGGCAGGAAAUCUGCUCAUAGUGGUCACUGUCAUCAGCAGCCAGGGCCUCAACUCGCCCAUGUACUUCUUCCUCUGCUACCUGUCCUUUGUAGACAUCUGCUACUCCUCCACCACGGCUCCCAAAAUGAUUGCUGGCCUGUUGGGGGGGAGUAAAAGCAUCUCCUUCGUGGGCUGCAUGGCCCAGCUCUUUGGGUUUCACUUCUUUGGCUGCGCUGAGAUCUUCCUCCUCACGGCCAUGGCCUACGACCGCUACGCUGCCAUCUGCAGGCCCCUCCACUACGCCGCCCUCAUGAGCGGCCGCACCUGUGGCCUCAUGGUGCUGGGCUCGUGGCUCGGGGCCUUCUUCCACUCCACCCUGCAGCUCCUUCUCACCAUUUGCCUCCCGUUCUGUGGCCCAAACAAAAUCAAUCACUACUUCUGUGAUGUCCACCCCCUGCUCCGCCUGGCCUGUGCCGACACCCGUGCCGUGGGCGCUGCCGAGGUGGUCAACGGUGGCUUGAUAACUCUGAGUGCUUUUGCCAUCCUGGUCUCGUCCUAUGUUGUCAUCCUGCUUUCCUUGAAAGGUCAGACAGCUGCAGGGUGGCACAGGGCCCUCUCCACCUGCGGCUCCCACAUCACCGUGGUGAUCCUGUUCUUCGGGCCGUGCACGUUCAUCUACAUCCGCCCCUCCAGCAACCUGGUGGAGGACAAAGUCGUGGCCGUGUUCUACUCCAUCAUCACACCCAUGCUGAACCCUCUCAUCUACACCCUCAGGAACCAGGAAGUGAAGAGUGCCAUGAGAAAGCUGUGGAGCAGAAAAGUGGGAAGCCAAAAUGCAAAGGUGCAGGACCAUAGUCAUGUUUCCAAAAGAUCGGAGAAAAUCGAGCAUCUUUGGCUAUGAUUUCUUUUGUGACAAUUCCUCACGACCUGCCCUUUAAAGGACAGCUUGCUGGGAGCUCCUGCUGUUAU